GAUGAGCAGCCCCCGCUCCUCGGCGGCGGCGCCGCUGGACGACGACGACCUGCUCGCCGAGAUCCUCCUCCGCCUCCCCCCGCAGCCCUCAUCCCUCCCCCGCGCCUCCGCCGUCUGCAAGUUCUGGCGCAGCCUCGCCUCCGACCCCGGCUUCUCCCGCCGCUUCCGCGCGCACCACCGCAGAAACCCUCCCCUCCUCGGCUGCUUCGUCCAUGAUUUUUGCGAGGUUCGCUUCCAGCCUACCCUGGAGCCCCCCAAUCGCGCCCCGCAAUCCCGCUUCCCCUUCGCAAUCGCCGCCGGCGACCGCUUCCACAUCCUCGGAUGCCGCCAUGGCCUCGUACUCAUCUUCCACGACUCACAGAAGCAGCUCCUGGUGUGGGACCCCUUCACCGGCGACCAGCACCGCCUGGACAUUCCCCCGGGGUUCGCCGUGGAGAAAACCUGGAUCGGCGCGGCGGUGCUUCGUGCUCCCGGAGAUUUCCACCAUUUCCAGGUGGUCUUGGUAGGCAACAGCGACAUUCAAAGCACACAAGCGGUAGCCUCUGUUUACUCUUCAUUGACCGGUGUAUGGGACAGGCUCAUCUCAACACCGCUUCCACCAGAGGAUUCUGGUUUUCUCACCAUGGUUUACACGGGCAUGCCUGCUGUGAUGGUUGGGGGUUCCUUUUAUUGGUUGCUUUAUGGGAAUUCGCAAGAAAUCCUUGAAUUUGAUUUGGAUAAGCGGAGCCUGGCUUUAAUACCCAUGCCAGUGGGGAACACUCGAGACAUGGGCGAAGGCAAUAUUUGGGUUAUGCCGGCAGAGGGUGCUGGCCUUGGUUUCCUCUUCCUGAGAGGCUUUUGUGCCCAAUUAUGGAAGAGGAAGACCGACUGCAAGGGUGUUUCUUCAUGGGUGCUGGGAAGAAGUAUUGAUCUCGACAAGUUACUUUCCUUGAAUUCAGAGAUGGAGAUAGGGUACCCAUCGAUACUAGGGUUUGCAGAGGACAAUAAUGUGGUGUUAUUGUGGACGUCUGUCGGCAUCUUCACGGUCCAGUUUGAAUCAUUGCAGUUCAAGAAACUUUUCGAAUCCCAUGACUGGUAUCGCUGUUGUCCAUUUGAAGGUGUCUAUACUGCAGGCGGGGGCAUUGGUGGUGGACCCUGUGGAGCUAAACUUUUGUACAAUACAUAAUCUGAUUUGUCUUGAUAGACAUUCUAACGUGAUGAAAUGCUUGAGCAGCUACUAUCUGUUAGUAGUAGCAGAAUGAAAUAUUUUCCCUUUAUUUUUAUUUUUGCUGGUUGCUACAUUGCAUUGCUUUUUUUUUUCUGUGGUUAUGGGUCUGUCAAGUUUGAGGAUGAUUUGUUUGUUGUUCCAUCAAUGCAAAUAGUUGAUGACUAACAACACCUCAGCACUUGGCUUGAAACUUUCUUUAUUUAUAUGGGUUUGCCAUUUCACAUAUUGCUUUUUAGGGAAACAUUUUCACAUUAUUGCUCAUGCAGGAUCAUUAUCAUACCUAAUGACCACUUGCAGUUAUUGUACAGUUAUUAUAAUCUUAGGUGUUUUGGUUAAGUAUUUUUCUCAACAUGUCUCUGUUUAUCAGUCUAACAACCAUAAUACCCAAUAUAGUUUGUCUGAUCCAAGCUACAUGCUGGCUGUGUUGUGGUUUGUGUGCAGUCUGAUUUCUUCGAUUUCGGUCAUUAUAGAUGUUUAACAAUUUUUGUACUGAACGCAUGAUAAAAAUGACAUGACUAGAUUCAUAUAUUAAACACUGCCCUCUUCACAAGUAGUUGCCUGUUCCAACAUUUCGUUUUUGAUAUUGCGCAGAGUGAAAAAAAAGUCCUCUGUUUGGUUGGAAGGAAGUAUCAAUGAAUAAAAUGAUGCAUGAUUUUCUACUGCAUGAAUUUGAUUAAAUUCUACUCCCUCCGUUCCAAAAUAGAUGACCCAUCCUUGUACUAACUUUACAAGGAUGGGUCAUCUAUUUUGGAACGGAGGGAGUAGGUGUUAGUGAUUAUCUAGCUCGUACGUUUCUAAGAGUAUGCUUAUGAGCUAGAAACCAGAUGUUUCUGCUCUGUUUCUCCAUGUGCCCCUCAUAUGCCCAUGAUUAGAAAGAAAGUUUCACAAGAUUUGUCAAGCUAUAGGAUGUUCUAAUAGAUUUAUCUGAAGCACCAACCAUUUAGGCUCUACUGAGACUAGAUGUAGCCAAAAGCCUGAGAAAUUGAAGGUGUGCAGCUACAAAUUAACUGUCUUUCUAUUUCUGUUCUCUCUUUGUACAGUUGGUUGUGUCCAAAAUUGUUGAGUCGAUUCAACCUUGAGCUCUUGAAACAAUCUCCAUAAUGUUCUUUUAGAGAACAAUCUCCGUAUUGUUGUAGCUAGUGCCUACUGUCUGAAUCAGACAAAAAAAAUGUUAGAUAAAUUCAAUGGCUUCUGCGUGAAUGAGUACUGCAAUUCGGUUUAUCUGACAACAAUGGUUGCUCUGCAGGUAACAAGAGUUAAAGUUUCGUUGUCAGAAAUGAAGAAAAUGGAUUAGUUGCUGUAUGUUUAUCUACUCUCUAUGCUGUGCAUGCGGCUUGUGAUGUGCUCCACAAGGGAAUUGAUCUUCUAUUUAUCAUGCCCUGGUCAACUGUGAUGAUGUGCACUUGUAGGGAUUAAACAUGUCCUGGCCAAUUGUAACUUGGAAUUAAUAAUUUCUUAAGCAGUGAACUUACGUCUAUUA